AUGAAUAAAAGAACUUUUUCGCUUUUUUCUCAAUCAAAACUUUUCAUUACCUUUAAUAAAAAAACUGUUUUAAAUACAGCCAACCCCCCCUUUUUUAACAGGGCCUCUCAAUCCUGUUACUCCACAGGCCCAUUAUAUACAAAUCAUAAUAACGCAGCAAAAACAAAAACCACCCAAGGUGUAUACGGAUCAACCGAAGUAUUCAACGAAGAUUUAUGUGCAGACAAUAUUCAAACAGUGCCUUUAGCCUAUGAAACACAUAAAUACAGCGACAACAGUGAUGAAUUACAUUCUCCAUUAAUUGUUUUGCAUGGGUUGUUUGGUAGUAAGGCUAGCAAUAGAACUAUGGCUCGCAAAUUAAAGGAAACACUGAAAAGAAACGUUUACUGUUUAGAUUUGAGAAAUCAUGGGGAUUCCCCUCAUAUUUCUAGACAUGACUACCCAGCUAUGGCAGCUGAUGUAGAAAGAUGGAUCCAUGAUUUCGGUAAAAGUACCUUUAAGAAAAACAAGCCUAUUAUUGUAGGUCAUUCAAUGGGUGCCAAAUGUGCAAUGAGCGUUGUGCUAAGGAAACCAAAUUUAUGCAAGAUGUUAUGUGUUAUUGAUAACGCUCCAGUAGCCACUAUGCCUACAAUCCAGUUCCCCCGUUAUGUCAAACAAUUGUUGAAGAUUGUUCACGAUCCUAAUGUUCACACAAAUAAACAAUGUUUGGAGAUUCUAGACAAAGUAGAAAAAAAUCCAGUUGUCAAGAAUUUUUUAAUGACCGUAUUAACUAAGUAUAAAGAUCCUGAAACUGGCUUGAUUAGGUAUAAAUCAAAGAUCCCAUUGGGCAUACUAAAUGAUGCUAUAACCAAGGGUAAUAUUUCCAACUGGGAAUUUAAUUCCUGGAUCCAUAGGUGGAACGGACCAAGCUUAUUUAUUAGAGGUACCAAGUCAUCUUAUUGUUGUGAUGAAUAUCUAGUGGACGUUGGUAGAUUUUUUCCUAAUUUUGAAGUUUUCGACAUCGAGGGUACUCACUGGGUUAAUACCGAAAAACCUGAUGAAUGUGCUAGUGCUAUUACCAACUUUGUAGAAAGACAUGAAGAUUUGUAA